GUCAGGGCUACUUAUGGUGGUGAUUUGUGUGUUAUUGUUUUACUUGGCUGGUAGUCGUCUAGAAAGACCAGUCCAGUCUUCAACAGAACCAACCCAAACCACAACACACACUAUAGACAGACAGACAGACUCUCUGUGGACUGACAGACAGCCACCAUUGAUAGACAGACAGAUGGGCACUGUGGAGAGACAACCUGGGGAAGAAGGUGGCGUCUUUGAGUCCACCAUGUGCAAGGAGAACACUGAGAAUGCUGUGGAGGCUCAGCCGGACUACUCUCCGCUGUCGUGGAGGGGGUACUUUGACCAGAUGGAGGAUGUGGUGGUGGGAGCGGCGGACAGCAGUGACUCCUUCAGGGUGUACAAGGCCGGCACCGGGGGUCCCUUGCUGGUCCUGCUGCAUGGAGGGGGGCACUCUGCCCUGUCCUGGGCUGUCUGCACCACCGCCAUAAGCAGCAGGGUGAGCUGCAGGGUGUUGGCCAUGGACCUGCGGGGUCACGGUGCCACCCAAGUUCAAUGUGAUGACUUCUCAACUCAAACUAUGUCCAGGGAUGUGGCAAAUGUUGUGCAAGCUUGCUAUGGGGAGACUCCGCCCCCAAUGGUGCUGAUUGGGCACGGGGUGGGCGGGGCCAUCGCGGUCCACGCAGCCAGUAGCAUGCUGCUGCCCACCAUCGUAGGCCUGGUCGCCAUUGACGUCGUGGAGGGUAGUGCAAUGGAGGUGCUACACAGCAUGCAGAACUUCCUGAGGGGCCGACCAAAGUCCUUCAAGUCCAUGGUACAUGCCAUUGAAUGGAGCGUGAAGAGCGGUCAGAUCCAGAACCUGGAGUCUGCCAGAGUCUCAGUGGUUGGACAGAUCAAAAAGUGUGAGGUGGACCAAGAUGUUCUGCUGGAGCCAGCCAGUCUGGCGGUAGAUGUGGCUGUCGAGGGCAACGAGGAAUUCCAUGAACAGCACCAACUCAACGAUAAAGACAAUACCACACCAGAGGGGAGCAUCUCAGACAACCAGAGUGUGUAUAACUGGCGUAUAGAUCUCUCCAAGGCUGAGAAGUACUGGGAUGGCUGGUUCAGAGGGACCUCCAACCUCUUCCUGAGCUGCAACCUGCCCAAACUGCUGUUACUGGCUGGUAGGUCUCUUAAAGCCUCCACAAUGUGACUGCUAUUGGCUGCUAGGUGGGCUUAACCCUCCCCAUACUACUGUUACUG